UUGCUUUUGUAGGUGUUCUUAUUUCGAAAAUUUGCCCUAUACAAGUGUAAUAUGGCUGGAAAACCUGCUGUACUUACACGUGUUGUGGAUAGUAUGACUGACAACUUAAGACCCACUCGUGCUGAAGCCACUGAUGUUGCCAAUACUAUUUUGGAUGGCAGUGAUGCAAUACUUCUGGGUGCUGAGACCUUGCGUGGGUUGUACCCUAUUGAGACUAUUUCCACUUUUGGCAGAAUUUGUUCAGAGGUAAUUUCAUUUCAUAUCUCAGUGGAAUAAUCAAUAAUACACUAUGGUAUGACUGACCUGAGUUCAUGCAAGUAGAUUUCCAUGAU